GAAGUGCCGUUGGUUACCGGCGAAGGGGCAUGGGAAGAUGAUGAAAGUAUUAAUAAUGAUAAUAACAAUAAGGAUAACAAUAACAAUAAUAAUGAUAAUAAUAAUAACAAUAACAAGAUUAAUGGUAAUAAUGAUAAGAUUAAUAAUCAUAAUGAUAAUAACAAUAAUAAAAAUAAUAAUAAUAAUAAUAGUG